GGAAAAAAAAAUUGAUAGCUAAAUUAAAAUUGUGAAUUGUUCACAAUAUAGUAUAUCUACCCACGGGUAAACUUGCUCUAAUAAACAUUUGGAGACCGAAUUCGCGCAAUUAAAAAUUGGAAGAUGUAAAUGGUACAUUUUGGUGACCAAAAACGCAAAUAAGCCUGGCUCUAUUUGGAACCUAUGGAAAGGAAAGAAAAAGAAAGGAAAAUAAAAGCAAAGGAAAAUGAGUGGAAAAUAAGAGAGAAAAUUUAUUAUUCAUUACACUUAAAAUUUUUAUUUUCUUCGCUCUUAUUAUUCCAACCAAAGAAUGGUAGAGAAAUUUUUUUAAUUUUCCUUUCCUUUCCUUUCCUUUCCUUUCCAUGGUUCCAAACAGAGCCUUAAAUCUCGAUUCAUUCCCAACUCCUCUCUCCAUUCUGCACCUCGAUCCAACCCGGACUCCACCAUGCCUCCAAACCCAACCAACGGUCUCGCCAUAUCCAACUCCGACUUGAUUCGCUCAUUCCUCACCUCAGCCUCCUCCGACCUUCUCCUCCCCCAAGAUCUCCGUCAAUCCGCCGCCGACCUCUCCUCCUAUUCCUCCGUCCCGUACAAGGCCCUCCGAUCCAUCUGGUUCGCUUCCAAACCCGAUACCCGACCCGAACUCCUCCGCCUCUUCUCCGGAUCCGACUUCAUCUUCACCGGCCCCAAACCUAGAGAAAAGAGUGAGGAGUUGAAGGCGAGAUUGAGGAAGUUAGAGGAAUUGGCGGAGAGGAAGGAGUAUGAGGAGCUUGUGAAGGACAUUACGCCGAGGAAGGGUACGGAUGAGCCGUUCUCGUCUUACAAAGAUCAGCUAGGGUUUGGUUUACAUGUGGUGGUAACUAUGUUUACUGGCUAUUUGUUUGGAUAUGCUGCAUUCAGAGCAUUGUUUAACCAUAGUCCUGUUAUGAAUGCUGCUGGAGGCAUCCUCGGGUUUGUUUGUGCUAUGCUCCUAGAAACACUUCUUUUCAUUAUUAGAGCUUCUAAUCAAGAUCUAAAAACUUCAUCUUCCACUUCCAAAAUAAAGAAGAAUCAAUAGAUUUGGUCAAGAGGUUGGUGCUCUACCUUCAUCGUCUUCACUGGGAAAUGGUGACGUGAUCCUCUAUCACUCUAUGCAGUAAUCAACAUUAUGGUGGUGCUGCAUGGUGGUGCUGCAGCAUAUGGGGAACUUCGUGAUUUUAGGCUCUCACAGGAGUUAAGAAGGUGAAAAUGGGUCUGGGGCAAUCAGUUCAGAUAUAGCUGAUGGCAAAUGGUUCAGAUAUGAAGUACUCCCUCCGUACAUCUUUUUGAAUCCAAUAUUCCAUUUUUUGUUGUUUCUUAGUGAGUGUUCAUUUUGUAAAGUUUGUGAAUAAAAGUUGGUACAUUUUUUAUUUUGCUCUUUAAAGUAGAUUUUAUUUUGAAAAGUUAGUGAGUAAAAUUGUAAGAGCAUCUGCACCUUCCUUGUUAAACACCUUUUCUUGUUAAUGUAACGAGCAAAUGUCUGAAA